CCUCCUUUUGAAACAACACUAGAUUCAACAGGUAGAAAAAGCAGAGAAAUGUGCGAGACGUUAAACAAGGAUUACCAAUUGUGCGAAGAGAUCGGCCGCGGCCGAUUCGGCGUCGUUUACCGCUGUUUCUCCGCCGUCUCCGGCGGCGACACCUUCGCCUGCAAAUCCAUCGACAAACGCCUCCUCUCCGACCCCAUCGACCGCGACUGCCUCGACAAAGAACCCAAAAUCCUCCACCACCUCUCCGCCACCAACCACCCCAACAUCCUCCACCUCUACAACCUCUACGAAGACGACCACUACCUCCACAUCAUCACCGAUCUCUGCGACUCCGCCUCCCUCUACGACCGCCUCACCACCCCCUUAUCGGAACCCUCCGCCGCCGCGAUCUUCCACCAACUCAUCUCCGCCGUCAACCACUGUCACCGCAUGGGUAUAGCGCACAGAGACAUCAAGCCCGAUAAUGUGUUUUUCGAUUCACGGAAUAAGUUAAAAUUGGGGGAUUUUGGGUCGGCGGAGUGGUUUUGUGGAGAGAGGGCGGCGAUGAGGGGGGUGGUGGGGACGCCGUACUAUGUGGCGCCGGAGGUGUUGUUAGGGAGGGAGUAUAAUGAGAAGGUGGAUGUGUGGAGUGCGGGUGUGAUUCUGUAUAUAAUGCUUGCUGGUGUGCCGCCUUUUUAUGGUGAGAAUGUGGAGGAAACUUUUGAGGCGGUGAUGAGAGGGAAUCUUAGGUUUCCGACCAGGAUUUUUAGGUCUGUGUCGCCCGAGGCCAAAGAUCUGUUGAGGAAGAUGAUCUGUAAGGAUGUUUCGAGGCGGUUUUCAGCUGAACAGGUUCUCAGGCAUCCAUGGAUGAUCAAUGGAGGAGAGACCAGAUCAAUGAAUGAUCCGACCUGAAAAUCAAGCUUCAAAACUAACUAGCCUUUGAUGUACAUAUACACCACCCAUGAAAGUAGAAUGGAUAGAUGGUCGGUCCCAAGUAACCCAGGUUUCUUUCUUGCAGAUUUAGAGAGUCAAGGAAAGAAAGAAAGUGAAAGAGUCUUCUGCUGCACCCAUGGGAGACUUGAGGGUCUUCACUUUUUGUGAUGUUUUUGCAGAGAAUCUUGAGGGAGUAUAAUAGUAGUAGUGGUAGUAUUAUGUGAGGGUAUGGAGAAUAAGGGUGGGAUAUGUAUAUGAGAGAAUGAGAAUCAAAUCCCUUUUUCUUUUUCUUUUUUUGUGUUUUUGUAUGAGGAAGUGAUGGAGAAGUGUUUGUUUGGAAGGAAGGAAUCUAGAAGUUAUAUCAUGAGCAUGAAUUUCAUGAAUCUUGCUUUCUUUCUGAGUAAUGGGAAUUUGCUAAAGCUUUGGUAUUUUUGUAUGGGAAUAAAUCAAUGAGAAUCAUGCUUUCUUUUGUUUGAA